CUAAACAGCCAAACACGGCUUUUUAGAAAUUGAAUAAAAAAAAAUUCUCUUACUUCUUCCUCUCCACACUUUCUCUCUCUUUGGCAACAGCGUAAAAAAAUGGCGGUAUCCUCUAGAAGAUCGAGCGGUCCGGUUCUCCGAUCCCUCUCCCCCUCCGGCCGCUUCAGUUCUCACUACGCUUCACAAUCUCCAUCUUCUUCUUCUUCAGCUUUCGCUUAUUCGAGUUCUAGUUUCUCUUCACGCUCCUCAACUUUCUUUAACCAGCAUAGAUCUAUCUCUCCGCCACGUGUCAAUCUCUACAACCACUCUCAGUCGGCGUCGUCCGUGAGAUUUUCACUUGAUAACCGUCCGAUCUCGCCGAACAGGUCCAUCACGACCGUCCGUAGAAACACCGAGGCGUUGAAGAAUUUACAGAGCAAACAACCGAAGCGAACUUGCAUGUGUUCCCCAACCACGCAUCCGGGAUCGUUCCGUUGCAGUCUUCAUAAGGGCUUCAAUAGCUCGCAUGCGGUGACAAGUUACGCGCCGAGUAACAGGCUCAACGCGCGUAGAUCUGCGAUGACGAACUCGCUGGUCAGAAUCGGAGGAGUAGAAGGUGAUCUUGUUAAGAGGGCUUUGUCGGCUUUGAUCAGACCUUCCUCUCACCAGCAGCGUCGCCGCGCCGCGUUCCAGCCGAGGCCUAGCCGGCUCUCCUUGAUGUCAAAAGCGGAGGAUUUGUGAAGAUUAUCUUUUGCGGUAUGUGAAAUCUUUUAACGCUUUUUGGUUAAGUCUCCGAGAUUUUCCGGUGAUUGGAGAUCGAGGCUUCGGAGUAACGCCCCGGACGGUGGCGGUGAAGUCAGAUUACGCGAAGAGGUUGGAGAUCUGAGCGAAGGAUUCGGGACGGAUAUGGUUUUUAGUGUACUCCGGGUGACCGAAACCGUAAAAUCUGAGGAACAAAUUAUCAUAUACUUUGUUGGUGUAAAUACACGCAUAUUUGCAGGCAAUGGCAAAUUUGAGGGCUUUUGGACA